UUUGGCGGUAAUCACGACGUUACACAAGGAUUCAAGCUGUGAUUCAUAGCAGGCUACAGUAGUGGUAUGAUCAUUUGUUUUUGCUUUGUAUUCAGAAUGUACAGCGAUUGAAUGUAGUCUUCCUCGCUUCAUGUUCUCUUGCGGACACCUGACAAUCUGGACGGUGCUAGUUGUGACAGAUUCAGUAGCCUAGAAUGCGAUCAUUUAGCUACCCCAGUGAUGUUCCAAAACAAGCCUCAUCUGCAAAACAUCAUUAUUUGUGUUUUAAAGGCAUAACGUCUAUGUGUUACUACCCAAAUGUCACAAAGCGGUUCUGAGAGUGACAUAUGGGAAUACAAAUCUCUGAGGAAGCCAAAACAACAUAAUGACAGUCAAAAUGCAAAGGGUAGUAGACAGGCGAAGGGGAAGAGAAAACACGAGUCGGGAACAGAGCAAAGGACCAACAAAAACAAGAAAGCCUCCACAACGAAGGCUCGCGCUUGUGUUAACAAAAGAACAAGUGCAAACACUCAGUCUCGAAAUGACUCGAUACAAAUGAAUGAAGUGAAUGUUGGUCUGUCCACCCAACCACUGCCAUCGGACAAAGCAUGCGAGGACAAGCCUCUCACCGUGACCGAAACUGAAAAAUCCUCCCCAACAAAAGGACACUGUCCAGUUUGUCAGAUGCCAUUUUCCAUAUUGGUGGUGCAGUCUCAACGAUGGCACGUCGCAGAAUGCCUGGAAACCCCUGGACAUGACAGCAAAGAGUGCCCAGACGGUGUUCAGUGUUCAUCUACCAUUCCCAGCCACUACAAGAAGUACAGCCACUUUCUGCUAGCUCACAGCAGGGCUGUCAGUGACGACAGCGGGUUUGUUCUGUAUGAAGAGACGUUGGCUGAUCAUACGACUACCUCUUCUCCCUUCCUAAAGACUCAAAACAAUAUACACAGUGCCACUUUGGACAGUCCUUCCUCACCCUACAACAGAAGUGCCUCUCCCAGCCCUGGACAAGCUGGGCCUGGCCAGUCCUCUACUACCUCAAGGUCUAACGCCCUGCUGCUCCUACGCUCUCCAGCUUUAGGGGACAUCAAAAAGAAGAAAGGUUGGUCACCUUCUGAAAAACGGGGCAAACCUUUGCCCAAAGCAAAAGUUUCACCUAAAGUGACGCUGGACAUCGACACGAACAAGCCUGUUUGCAAUAAUCCAGUCAGUAUGGACAUUAAAACAGAUGCAGUUAACGCAACUCCACCUCUUGAGCCGGAUAGCUUGGACCAAUCCUCAAUGUCAGGUGCCAUUAAAGAAGAAGGAUUUUCUGAUUGUAUUGAAGAUGAUUACAUUUCCUUUUCACCUCUUCCUGAGUUCCCCGAUGACACUGAGGAACACAAGGACCAACUCCGAAGAGUGUUGUUUCCAAAGGAGCGCAAUGACUCUCUGAGUGACAGUGAUGACCUCUUCACUGAGUUUAGGGACCAGUGUGACGCAGAGCAGUCUGAAGACUCCAAAGACAUCCCCCUCGUUAAGGGAGAGUCGUCCUAUGAUGCCAACUUGGAGUUAACGAGCACCUCGUUAGCACAUCAACAUGAACUAAGUAAGCCUGGGUCCACAGGUGUUGCUGAACUUUAUCCUCCACACAGCUUCUCCGUGGCAAACUCAGAGACUAGUCACAAGACUCUUUUACAGUCUCCCCAAAGUCUAGUUCUGGAGCAUCUUCGCGAAAAUUUAUCAAGCCAGGUUUUCCAUACAGGUGUUGAGCAAAAUUCCUGUAGCCAGUUAAACCAAGGCCUGUCUCAAAAACCGCUCUCACAAACAUCCACCCAGCUGUGCUCCACAGCCAUGGCCCCCAGGAAGCCCCAGAGCAAGGCAGGAGCCACGUCAUCCGGGCACAAACAGACAGACAUUGGGGUCUUCUUUGGGUUGAAACCACUGAAGGAUCCUGAGAUUAAAACAGCUGGAGAAGGAGGGAGCGAUAACCUUUCCUCUGUGCAGAACUCCCAGCAGACCUCAGAAGCUCCAGUGAGGAAUGCUGGUCGGUCUGGGUGGAGAAAAAAAGACCCCGAGGUGGGUCCUGGAUCCACCGGGAAUGGGGAGACCCAGCAUGUGCAGACGGAAGGAGGCAAAAGACAAGGGGGUUGGAGGAGCUGGAACACAAGAGGACAAGGUCAAGUCAGGUCUUGCCCCUUCUACAAGAAAAUUCCAGGUACACCGUUUACUGUUGAUGCGUUUCAGUAUGGGGCCAUAGAGGGCAUCACUGCCUAUUUCCUCACCCACUUCCACUCCGACCACUAUAUGGGCCUGAAUAAGUCCUCCACUCUGCCCAUCUACUGCAACAAGAUCACAGGUAACCUGGUUCUGAGCAAGCUGAAGGUGGAUGGGAAAUAUGUCCACGUCCUGCCUAUGAACACAGAGUGCACCGUUGAGGGGGUGAAGGUUGUCCUACUGGACGCCAACCACUGUCCAGGAUCGGCCAUGCUGCUGUUCACCCUGCCCAGUGGUCAGAGGGUCCUCCACACGGGAGACUUCAGGGCCGACCCCUCCAUGGAGCGCUACCCUGAGCUGCAGGGGAUCCGUGUGCAGACCCUUUACCUGGACACCACAUAUUGCAGUUCAGAGUACACCUUCCCCACCCAGCAAGAGGUCAUAACCUUUGCUGCUAACAGGGCCUUUGAAGCAGUGACCCUGAACCCACGAACGCUGGUGGUAUGUGGGACCUACUCCGUGGGCAAAGAGAAGGUUUUCCUGGCUGUUGCUGAUGUGCUGGGCUGUAAGGUAUGUUUGUCGCGGGACAAAUACAACAUCAUGUGCUGUCUGGAGUCGGACCAGAUCCGCCAGAGCAUCACCACCGACUGGAAGGCGGCCCAGGUCCACAUUCUACCCAUGAUGCAACUCAACUUCAAAAACUUGCACACUCACUUGGAUAAGUUCUCAGACAAGUACGACCAACUGGUGGCCUUCAAGCCCACAGGCUGGACCUUUGACCAGUGCUCAACGUUAGAACGUCUCCAGCCAAAGACUCAGGGCAACAUCACUAUCUACGGCGUUCCAUACAGCGAGCACAGCAGCUACCUGGAGAUGAAGCGCUUCGUGCAGUGGCUGCGGCCCCAGAAGAUCAUCCCCACUGUCAACGUGGGCAGCUGGCAAAGCCGCAAGGCCAUGGAGCACUGCUUCAGCGAGUGGGACGCCGAAGUCAGCGCCCGCCUCUAGAGACUCCAGUGAUCCCCGAGGCACCUUCGAGGUUUUGUUACAGGUAAGGUGGCAGGCAGUGCUCUUUACUUGAUGCCACAGCCAAUAGUGAAAUGGAAACCGUCUUCCACUGGAAGUUUCUACUGAGAGCAGGACACGGCUAGGAUCGAAAACUGGGUCAUCUCAGGAUCCAGGCCCUCCCCAAGUCCACACUCCUACUACAUAGACCAAGUCCUGUAACCUGGACCCUGCUCUUUAGGAUGGCGUCCUCAAGAGUCUGUGCUUUGACCUUAUUCGUAUCCUGGACCUAGCAGGGGUCGGCUCAACUUCCACAGGUCAUUACUCUAUGGCGCCUUUCUUCCCCCUGAAACUGAGAUCCUGCAGGGACAUUAGCAAUGUGACCUUUAGGUGACCUUGUUCUCAAAGCUACCACACUCUCUCCCUAAAUAACGCCUGCAUCACAGUGUGCACCCUUAUCAAGAGCAUCACAGCCUUUCACUUCCACCCCAGUCCUGCUCUGGGUUGACAUUCUCUCUCUCUCUCUCUCUCUCUAAACGCAUCUUCAUUCAUGGAGGCGGAACAGAUAAGUGAAAUCAAGAGGCUCCUUGCAUGGUCUCAAUUAAAAUAACACUCCCAGUUGCACGCUUUCAGAUGUGAAUCACUGGCGUUAAUCCAUCUGAUUGAUCUUAAUGAUCUUCAUUAGCUCUGGCUGAAUUUGAUGCGUUGGACUGUUGGCCUACUUUUAGCAAUAAUGUGUUUACGCCUGGGUGGUGUUGAGGAGAAGAAAGCUCUAGAACAUUCCACUGACAUUCCACUGACUGGUGCUCACCGGAGAUGAGGCCAGCUGUUACAGACCUGUGCUGAGUGUCAAGGUGCUAAAAGACUGACUAUUCUGUGUAAUCAGAGAUCUCUUUGAAUUUUCUCGGUUACAGUGACGUUGGCACCGCUCUGUCCUUCUGCAUUUAUGUUUUUCAUGUAACCUAUAUUAGUUUUAUUUUUGGACUGAAUAAGGUCUUUCUGGACUGGUCUCUAUGGUGACCGCUGUUCUGUUUUGUUCCCUCUUGACAUUAGAGUGCUGCUCCUUCCAAACGGCUUCUUAAAGUGCUGCUGGACAAGAAUAUGUGCACUGAGCAAUUUCAGAGGCAUUUCAUUAAAUGGCUGCAUUUUAAAAGUAAUUAUUUUAAAACAAAAUGAUACUUAAUGAAAUAAAAACGUUAACACUUAAACUCUUGUUCCUUGAUCAAUUCAAAUCAUGUUAAAAAAGGUGGUGUGAAAAAUAAAUCUUGGUAAAGCAUUAACACUGUCCUAUCGCAGUAGAAUCAUACCCAUUUUGCUGUUUUAUGAGUUCACUUCGGGAGUUUAAUAAUUUGCUGACGAGCGACGGAGGAGACCCACAGGAAAUGAUCAUCAAUUUGCGGUGCUUUCAGCAGCCCGCUUGGCAGUCCCAGCAGGGCUGUGGGUUCCAUGCGGCAGCGUACAGCAUCUGUUUGUGACUUUGAGGGAUGCAUUUGCUGUUUUUUUUCUCUCUCUCACCCAGUGUCGGCUUUUCCCUGCAAAUAAUGUGCCCGUUAAAGCAUUAUGUCGAUCAGUUUAAUGUGGGUGUCAGAGAGAGGAGAAAUCCGAAAAGACAUGCGUUUAUAGGAAUAACAAGCGAGUCAAGUUUGGGAAAAAAGAUUCUAGAGGUUUUGUUUUUUAAGAUGAAUAACGUUAUCUUGAAUUGCCAAAGGUGAGUUCUACAUGGCAUCAGAAAUAAAUCAGCCAUGAUGACUAUGCAGCAACAUUGGCAUUAGGGUAACCUUCCAGGAAAUGUAAUGACAAUUUAUUUUUUGACGUUGGAUGCCAGAAUGACCGGUCAUCUGACAGAUGUGUGCGGAUGGAAAACAAUCAAGCCUGACCUUUAGAUGGACACAGGAAUGAUGCGAUACCAGACUGCGUGCGUGUGUGAACAUUGCAGGGCCGGUACCGGGGGAGUGGGGACAAGAGGGGGCGCUGUAUGCUCUGAAUGCUUGGAAAGUACAUUUAACAUCUAUAACGGUUAUUUUCAUAUACUUUAGUUACCUAUUCUUUCCUAAAUUUCUCGUUUAGCGAGGCAGGACAUGUUUGACAGUUUUUGGUUGCAUCAAAUUAGAAUAAUGUAGUGUCACGAUCGUGUUGCAGAUGGGUAGGAUUUGGACAAUAUCGAUUCAUAUUGACUAGUUGCCUCCCGUACAUAUCCAAGCGUCCACCCCACAGUGACAUCCCGUCA